CGCUUAUAUAGAGUGUAUGCUUUGCUCUUCGUAGGAGCUCGUUGCUCUUACGUAAAGAAAAAAACAAUAUAUACCUAUAGAUUUUGAUGAUUCUGUGAUUUCAUAAUACCACAUUGUCUAAAAUAAAUGAUAAGUGUGUACAUUAAUUUGCUGUUAUAUAUGGGAAAAUAUUAUAAAUACAAGGCUAGCCAGCUGCGCCAUUCUUGUUGUGUGACAUUCAUAUCAUCAGCCACACUACACAUAUUUUGCAUUGCUUUAUCUUUUAAUUAUUGCUGUAGUGAGCUGUCAGUCACACAUUGCAGGAAUGGACACAUCGGGCUUGCCUGUACCGGAUGCAAUCCACCCGCUACUUGAACAAUUGCAAGAAGCUUUGGUUCUUGAAGUAAAGUAUCAACCUAACCUUCCAUUACCUAAUAUAUCACAAAAUGAUGACAUAACAAUUGGAGCUCGUGAUGGAUCAGCCCAUGUUUUAAGGUGUUUGAAAGUAUGGUAUGAUCUACCAUCGGAUGUAUUUUUUGUUGCCAUCAAUUUAAUGGACCGUUUUUUAACAAAAAUGAAAGCAAGACCAAAAUAUAUGGCAUGUAUCAGUGUAUCUGCUUUUCACAUAGCUACUGUUCAGUUAGCACAAUCACUGGAUGCUGACCACUUAGUCUCAAUUUCUCAGUGUAAAUGCACUGGAGGUGAUCUUAAACGUAUGUCAGAAGUAAUACGGAAUAAGUUAGAAUGGGCACCUGGUACUCAACCUGUUACAUCUUUAACUUUUCUUCGUUUAUUCAAUGCAAUGUUUCUUGCAAUUGCAUCACAACUAGGGCUAGGAGACAUGUAUACCAGUAUUGUAACGGAAUCUGAGCUUCUACUUAGGUUAGAAAUGGUUGCAUGUGAUGGUAAUUGUGCAAGUUUGAAGUCGUCGGAAGUAGCACUUGUUCUACUUUGCACAUACUUAGAUGGUGCAGUGAACCGAUUAGAUACUAAUACAGAUAUUCCCAUAUCUACUACUGCUAUUCCUAGUUCCUCUACUAUCAAUACAUCUGUAACAUCAAGGCAUCAAAUGCUUAGACUUUUGGACUUUGCUAUAGAACUUCAGAAAAUAUGUAAGAUUUCAGACACAAGCUUCUUUUCUACACAUGAAGCUGUGGGUGCUGUAUUGAGCAAAUAUAAUGCUCAGGAGCAAACCCCUCACAGGCAAAGACUGAUAUGGAGAUUAUCUUCUCGUACAGCACGUCUUUUACGUCCAACUGACAAAUUUACUUCUGUAUUACCUGUUAUCGCCGAACAUACUCCGGUUCCUUCGCCGAGUAAAAUUAGAAAAAAUCGUAAGUUCGGUCGACGUCAUGGAAAUAAGAGACGUUAAGUGGCAGUAUUGAGGCCUUAAAGUGCUGAAUCAGAUGUUUAAUAUUUAUUCAACAUACCGAACAAGAGAAGAAAUUAGACUUUAGUUUAAAAAUAAAAAUAAAUUUUGUUAAAAGUUAAAUAGAAAGUACAAAUAUUAAUGUAUUUAUGUCGAAUAGCAACAAUUUGAAGUACCUCUUUUUAUGUCAAAAUUUGGUUUUCCAUAUAUGAAAUGUAUUGAAAGACACACACAUACACACACACACAUAUAUAUUUUCUACUUGUAUCAUACAUUUUAUAAACAAACGAGGAAUUUCGUUCUCAAAUUUAUCAGUUAUUGCUAUUAUAUGAAAUACGUGAGAGAGAGAGAGAGAGAGUGCCGUAAAAAGAAAAUGAACAAGUCAUAUGGUAGUAACAUUAAUGUGAUAUAAUGUCCUUUAUAAUUCGUAUAUUAUGAAUAGAAUAUUAUAAAUAUAUGCAUACACUUGCAAAACGUUAAAAACACAAAGAAAUUAAUUAUAUGUGAGUAUAAAUAUAAAGUUAAAAAAUUAUUUUAAAAAUGGUGAAUUUAUAAAAGAUGAAUGAAAUUAUUUAGGAUGAUCAAAAUGUUUAAUAAAUUUUAAUGCUGAAAAUUAUGCAAAAUUUAAAUUACUAUUUAAUGUUUUGUCGCGAGAUUGUAUUUAUGUAUCUAAGAAGCAUAUGAAUGAAUGUAAAUAAGAAAUUUUUUAUUAAAUGAGUUUCGAAUAUCUUCGUUAAGAAACAGAAACGUAA